AUGAUGGCAGCAAAUAAUUAUUUUGGGUUUACCCAUGGAGGGACCCAAUAUGGCGCGGCAACAGCCAGCGCUGCAUACGGCGGCCAAACGGGGUACGCCGUGGCACCGGCUGCGACCGCCGCGACGUACGGGACCCAACGUGCCGCAGCAACAGGAUACGAUACUGCGUAUCAAGCAGCAGCCGCCACCCAAGCGGCACACGCGCACGCGCACGCGGCCGCUGCGGCGGCUUCUGCAUACGACGCGAGUAAGAGUGCAUAUUACCAGCAAGCGGCAGCCGCCUACCCCGCCGCAGCCCCUCCCCAGCCACAGCCCACGUACGACGCCACAGCCAAGCCGGCUUACUCCACACCGGCUACAUAUGCACAGUAUGGGCAGGGCGGCGCGCGCGGCGGCGGCGGCGCUAAGGCGUACGGCAGCGUGUACACCGCCACCACGGCCGCGUCCUACCCCUCGCAGCCCUACACCGCGCCCGCUGCGCAACCCGCUAAACAGACGGCUAACAGGGGCACCUCUGCUUAUGAUACAGCUCUCUACAACGCGGCGACCAUGUAUGUGGCCCAGCAGAACAAAACCGGCGGCGGCGGAGGGUGGAAAAAUUACAAUAAGAGUGGAGUAGGCGCGGGCCAGCAGCGGCGGCCGAAGCCUCCGCCCAAGGCGCAGCAGCUGCACUACUGUGACGUGUGCCGCAUCUCCUGCGCCGGCCCACAGACAUACAAAGAGCACCUGGAGGGCCAGAAGCACAAGAAGAAGGAGGCGGCGGUGAAGCUGGCGGCGGCGGGCGGUGCGAGCGGCGGCGGUGCGCGCGCGUGCGGCGCGUCGGCGCUGCGCUGCGAGCUGUGCGACGUGACGUGCACGGGCGCCGACGCCUACGCGGCGCACGUGCGCGGCAUCAAGCACCAGAAGGUGGUCAAGCUGCACACCAUGCUCGGGAAGCCCAUACCCUCCACUGAGCCCACCAAGAUACAGCCAGCCAAAAAGACCAUUGCCGGACCGCCGACAAUCGCGUUCGUGGCGCGCGGGGGCCUCAGAACCGUCUCCCCCGCAGACGCCCCCGACGACGCGCCCGAGGACGACGAGCCCGAGGUGCAGCCCGUGGGGCUCGACUACAUCGAGGAGAUCCGCGGCGACGACGGCAAGGCGCUCAGCUUCAACUGCAAGCUCUGCGACUGUAAGUUCAACGACCCCAACGCCAAGGAGAUGCACAUGAAGGGUCGCCGCCACCGCUUGCAGUACAAGAAGAAGGUCCAACCGGACCUGGAAGUGAAGGUUAAGCCGUCCAUGCACCAGCGCAAGCUGGCUGAGGCCAAGGCGCAGCGCAUGCUCGUGCGCGACGAGCUGUGGGCGCGUCGCCGCAUGCACGAUAGUGGAGAAGAAGAGGAACGUGCCUACUGGGAAGGUGCAGACUGGUGGCGUGGACCACACCAUCAUCAUCACCAUGGCAUGGGCAUGGGGUACGGGCCCGUGGGGCGGCGGCCGGAGACGUCGGACGACCGCCACGUGCUGGCCAAGCACGCCGACAUCUACCCCGCUGAGCAGCAGCUGCAGGACAUCCAGCGCGCCGUGUCGCACACCGAGCGCGCGCUCAAGUCGCUCUCCGACGCGCUCGCCGACCACGCCCGCCCAAAGGGUGUUCCAACUAAAGUUGUAGUUAAAACUGAAGAGAAGAAAGAAGAAAAACCUGAAGGAAAGGAAGAUGGCCGCGAUAAUCAAUUGUUCUCGUUCGUGGCCGAGGGCGAGGCGGCCCCGGCGGCGGCGGCGGGCGCGGGCGCGGGCGGCGCGGCGGGCGCUGGCGCGGCGGCGGGCGAGGCGGCGACGGCGGCGGGCGGCGCGCGCGCGCUCAAGGGCGUGAUGCGCGUGGGGCUGCUGGCCAAGGGGCUGCUGCUGCGCGGCGACCGCGACGUGCGCCUCGUCGUGCUCUGCCACGACCGCCCCACCGUCACGCUGCUCAAGCGCGUGGCCGCAGACCUGCCCGCGCAUCUCAAUAAAGUCAAGGGCUCGACGGAGGAGCCGAAGUAUAAAGUGGAGCUGCUGCCGGCGGAGGGCGCCGUGCAGGUGUCGGACAGCGGCGUCAACGUGCUGGUGUCGCUGACGUCGGCCGUGAUGCGCGAGCCCGCGGAGGGUGGCGACAUAAAGCGAGACGACAAGGAUGUGCUCCCGCGGCAGAAGUGUUUGGACGCGUUGGCCGCCCUUCGGCACGCCAAGUGGUUCCAGGCUAGGGCGGCCAGCCUGCAGUCCUGCGUCAUCAUCAUCCGCAUCCUGCGCGACCUGUGCCGCCGGAUACCCAACUGGACGCCGCUCGACCCAUACGCGAUGGAGCUGCUCGCGUCGGGCGUGAUGCAGUCGGCGGGCGGCGCGCUGUCGCCGGGCGAGGCGCUGCGCCGCGUCAUGGAGGCCGUGGCGGGCGGCCUGCUGCUGGACUCGGGGCCCGGCCUGCGCGACCCCUGCGAGAAGGACCUCGUGGACGCCCUCGGCAACUUGCCACCUCAGAAACGUGAAGAUUUAACCGCAUCGGCGCAGCAAUUUCUCAGACAGAUUGCCUUUAGACAGAUACACAAAGUAUUGGACAUGGAGCCCCUGCCGAAGGUAAAGCACGUGGCCGGCAGCUGGAAGUUCCCGCGCAAGCGCAGGCGCUCCAACACCGACCACGACCCCGACACGCCCAACGGCGAAGGUAAAGUGGUGAAGACGGAAGAGAAGAGCGACGCGUCGGAGACGCUGGCGACGCCCGCCAAGAAG